AUGAGGUUUAUUGACCUGAAGAAAGAAAAAGAUGUGAUUAGUGUCACCAAGAGUGUUACGGCAGAAGAAAUGGUGAAGGCCGAAAAGGUUAUUGUCAGGCUAAUUCAGCAAGAAACGUUUAGUGAUCUUCUGAAGUUGCUACGGUCAAGGUCAAGCAAGCGCCACAAUCUGUCGAGUUUUGCUCCAUUCGUAGGAGAAGAUCACCUUAUUCGUGUUGGAGGUCGUCUGAAGUACUCUGCUAUUCCAUACGAUGGAAAGCAUCAGAUGCUACUUCCAGAGAAACAUUACGUCACAGAGAUUUUGAUUCGGAAAUUGCAUGAGGAGCAUCAUCACGUCGGUCAAGGUGGCCUGCUGGCUAUUGUGCGAGAGCGGUACUGGCCAGUGAAAGCGAAACUUAUCAUCAAGAAAGUAAUUUCGAAAUGCCAAAUUUGUGCAAGGUGCUAUCCGAUAGCAGGUAGUCAGUUCAUGGGUGACAUUCCAGCGUCCCGUGUAAAUCAAGCGCCAGUAUUUUCAAAGGUUGGAAUUGAUUAUGCUGGCCCGUUUCUACUGAAGCUAGGAGGAAGAAGUCCAAAGGUUUACAAAGCAUAUGUGGUUGUUUUUGUAUGCAUGGUAGUAAAGGCCAUUCACUUUGAAGUGGUCUCCAAUCUCACGACGGACAACUUCAUUGCUGCACUGCACCGAUUUGUGAGCAAGCGUCGUUUGCCAAGUGAUAUUCAUUCAGACAACGGAACUGCAUUUGUGGGUGCCAAUCAUGAGCUUGCUGCACUCAGGGACUUGUUCAAUGACCAACAACAUCAGCGGAAAGUGGAAGAGUUCUGUGCAGUGAAGGGCAUUUGCUGGCAUUUUAUUCCUCCAAGAAGUCCUCAUUUCGGUGGCAUUUGGGAAGCUGGAGUAAAAUCCUCCAAGCAUCAUUUGAAGCGAGUCGUCGGCGGAACCAAGCUCACUUUUGAGGAGUUGACCACAUUCUUGGCGCAAACUGAAGCGGUCUUAAAUUCUCGACCAUUAUUUCCAAUGUCAGAUGAUCCUAACGAUUUGUCGGUUCUGACUCCUUUCCAUUUCUUGAUUGGGCGAUCGGGAUUGGCAGUACCAGAACCUUCCUACAAUGAAGAAAAGAUUGGACGAUUGAGCACAUUCAAUUCAUGCAACAACAUUUCUGGUCACGAUGGUCCAGAGAAUAUUUGCAUCACUUGCAAGGUCGGCAAAAGUGGAAUAGCAGCGUGA